AUGUCGGGACACACGUUGCUGCUGGAGGAUGACGGUGUUCCGACGGUUCAGGUGCCCUUCACCACCGGCCAGAAGCUAAGGGAGUACUGCAAGUUUCCGGACGCCGCGGCGCAGGUGUCGUUCCGCGGCACGCUCGUCGACGUUGCUGGGGCACCAAUGACGGCCUACUUCUCGAGCCGAGGCCCCAGCUCCAACCCGUCCGUCCUCAAGCCCGACAUCCUCGCGCCGGGCCUGAACAUCCUCGCCGCCGGGAUCGAGACAGAGAGGCCUUUCGUAUUCAUGUCCGGGACGUCCAUGGCCACGCCCCAUGUCAGCGGCGUGGCUGCCCUGCUGAAGGGGCUCCACCCCGAUUGGUCACCGGCGGCCCUUCGGUCAGCCAUUGUGACGACGGCCUCCGCGUACGACAACGUCGGGGAUGUCAUCCUCGACAAGCAGAAGCAAAGAGCCUCGCUCUUCGACAUCGGCGGCGGUCACAUCACACCCCAGGCCGCCGCCGACCCCGGCCUCGUCUACGAGAUGAACGCCACGGACUACGGCGCGUUCCUGUGCAACGUGCUCGCCGGCCCCCACGAUGACAUACAAGACCUGAUCGGCGAUCAGGGGCUGAACUGCUCCACCCUUCCCGCCGGCGUUCAGGGCUUCCAGCUCAACUACCCAAGCAUUGUGGUGCCGGCGAACACCACGGUUCAGCGGACGCUCACCAGAGUUGGGCCGGCAGAUGGAGGGGAGACGUACUACCUCUUUGUGUACAUGAGGGACCCCUCGGUGAAAGUGAACGUCUCGCCCCGGACGCUUGAAUUCAGCAAUCCCGGCGACAAGCAGAUCUUCCUUGUCUCCGGCGAAUACCAAGGCAAGAACAAGACGGUUGAAGGCGUUUUGAUCUGGAAUACUGCCCACCACCAGAUCAAUACCCGCAUGGUCGUCCACAUAUGA